AUGCUCGACUUGAAAGACCACAGUCUAAUACAAUAUCAGAGUGUUCAUAUCUCCUACCCUUUUGUAGAUAUUUUUGGGGAUGGCUAUUCCAGUUUUCAAUACCAAGAAUACAUCCUCUUAACAUCUACAAGCACAAUCGGUCUCGCAGGAACUGCAGCGUACGGCACAAUUCCUGUUCCAGCUGUUUUCAACCCAGAUUUGCAGGCAUAUAAAUAUGUCCACUCUCACUCACACGAUAUUAUCGUGGAGGCUUUUGCUGUCAACACUACCUUCCCAACUCGGAUUGCAAAAACUAGAUUCUCGCCAUUGGAAGAAGAAGGACGUUGGCCUCUUGCCUUGUAAGUUCCCUUUCUUAUCUCAACGGAGAAUAUAAAAUAACAUUGAAAUCCAGCUACAAAAACGCAACCAAUCAACCAGCAUUCACAAACCCAGCCAUAGGGUGCGACAACCAAAUCCUGUUCUACAACACCACUCUCUCGACUGGCACCAACGAGCCUGUUCACAUCAAGGGAGACAUCGGGAUUGCAGCUCCUUAUUUCCUGGGAGGAGCCAAGUUCAAAAAUGUGUAUGGUAUUAAAGUUGACGUUGCUUUUAUUGAGAAUAAUAUGGUUCCUUGUCAGGAUUUGAAGGGGUAUCAUGGAACUGGACCGGGAGAUUCUGGGGCUUAGUGUUGAGGUGCUGGGGAAUUGGGGGGACUGUUGGGUCUAAUAAUUUGAUUAUGCAAUUUUUGGAUACCUACUAGAAAGUUGAGAAAAGUAAUCAUGGACUUGGAUAACAGUCCCUAAAGGCAUCUUGAUAUUUUCGAUUCCAUUGUUGCUUAGCCCCCACUACACAAUUUCCCCAUUUUGAUGCAAACUUGGGUGUCUAUCAACACACGAUUGGAGUUUGACCGCAGCUCCGGG